UAUUCAUCAGAAACUCUUUCAUCUUAAACAAAAGGGACAAAAUUACUUUCUUUCUUUUUUUGCUUCUGUGCGUAAAACAAAGGAAAAAAACUCUGUUCUCCUCCGUCCAAGAAACCGAUCCAAACAUGAAGGAUUACUCAAAGAUCGGUGAUAAAUUGGUGAUGCAGAGAACACGACGACGAUGUGAAGGCACCGCCAUGGGCGCCACCGUCUUCGAUCUCCGACCCGGCGUCGGCAUCGGACCUUUCUCUAUCGGAAUGCCAAUCUGUGAAGCAUUUGCUCAAAUAGAGCAGCAACCGAAUAUAUAUGAUGUUGUCCAUGUUAAAUACUACGACGAGGAUCCUCUGAAAUUGGAUGUUGUUAUUAGCUUUCCGGAUCAUGGGUUUCAUCUUCGGUUUGAUCCCUGGUCUCAGAGGUUACGCCUUGUUGAGAUAUAUGAUGUCAAGCGGCUUCAGAUGCGCUACGCAACUUCUAUGAUUGGGGGUCCAUCUACUCUGGCCACGUUUGUGGCUGUUUAUGCACUUUUUGGACCGACCUUUCCUGGGAUUUAUGAUAAAGAGAGAGGGAUUUAUUCUCUGUUCUAUCCGGGGCUAUCCUUCGAGUUUCCAAUUCCUAACCAGCACACGGACUGCUGCCAUGAUGGAGAAGCGGCACUGCCAUUAGAGUUUCCAGAUGGCACCACACCAGUAACAUGCCGGGUCUCUAUUUAUGACAACUCAAGUGACAAAAAAGUUGGUGUAGGAAAAUUGAUGGAUAGAGCUUCUGUCCCUCCUUUGCCUCCUGGCAGCCUCUAUAUGGAAGAGGUUCAUGUCAAGCUUGGCAAGGAAAUUUUCUUUACUGUUGGAGGCCAGCAUAUGCCUUUUGGUGCAUCACCACAGGAUGUAUGGACGGAAUUAGGACGACCAUGUGGGAUCCAUCCCAAGCAGGUAGAUCAAAUGGUUAUUCAUUCCGCAUCAGAUCCACGACCAAAAACAACUCUUUGUGGUGAUUACUUUUACAACUAUUUCACUCGUGGUUUGGACAUCCUGUUUGACGGCGAGACUCACAAAGCUAAGAAGUUUGUUCUUCACACCAAUUAUCCUGGUCAUGCUGAUUUCAAUUCAUACAUUAAGUGCAACUUUGUCAUCUCUGUUGGAGAGGUUGAGGCAGAAUCAAACAAAUAUGGAAGCAAGAUCACACCAAGAACGAAUUGGGAGCAGGUUAAGGAAAUACUUGGGGAGUGUGGCCCAGCAGCUAUUCAGACACAGGGCUCAACUAGCAACCCUUUUGGAUCUACAUACGUUUAUGGCUAUCAGAAUGUUGCUUUUGAGGUGAUGAAGAACGGUCAUAUAGCCACCAUAACUCUGUUCCAGUCAUGAUGAGUAUGCCGUCGAGGGACUUAUACGCUUUGGCUCGAGAGGCUAUCUUCUACCACACUCCGUAAAUCUAACGUCAAAAAGCUGCAAGCUAUCGAUAUUACCAAAAAUCUACAAAUGCAUGAAACAAUCGUUGUACAGUUGAUAUCAAGUGUUGUAUAAUAACAGUUCUCUACGAGUCGGAAAAAAACAAAAAUAACAGUUCUCUAUGGUUCUUUCCAUUCUUUCAGACUGUCUGACUGACUAUGUAUCCAUCUAAUUGAUGAAUAUGUUGUAUGUGGCUAUAUGAAAAUUUUAAGAUUUUAUUUUUAAAA